AUGUUUUGUGUUUCCACAGAGAUUCUGAGUGGUGGAGUUUAUGUGGACCAGAACAAGUUCCUGUGCCAUGCAGACACCAUCCACUGGCAGGACAUUGUGAAGAACCCCGGGGCCCAUCACCUGGUGGUGCCGACCAACAGCAGCGCAGCGUGUCAGAAGUGCCAUCGUUCCUGUAAUGGUCGAUGUUGGGGCCCCAGGGACAACCAGUGUCAAACCUUAACUAAGACGGUGUGUGCGGAGCAGUGCGACGGCCGCUGCUUUGGGCCCUACGUCAGCGACUGUUGCCACCGUGAGUGCGCAGGAGGCUGCUACGGACCCAAGGACACGGACUGCUUUGCCUGCACAAACUUCAACGACAGCGGCGCGUGUGUGACCCAGUGUCCACAGCCGUUUGUUUACAACCCGACCUCCUUCCAACUGGAGCACAACCCUGGAGCCAAGUACACCUACGGAGCCUUCUGCGUCAAGAAGUGCCCACAUAACUUUGUGGUGGAUCAGAGCUCAUGCGUCAGAGCGUGUCCCAGUAACAAGAUGGAAGUGGAGGAAAACCGCAUCAAGAUGUGCAUCGCCUGUACCGACAUCUGUCCGAAAGCCUGUGACGGCAUCGGCACCGCCAGCCUGCAGAGCGCGCAGACCGUGGAUUCAAGCAACAUCCACAAAUUCAUCAACUGUACCAAAAUUAACGGGAACCUGGUUUUCCUCAUCACAGGAAUCAAAGGGGACGUUUAUCUCAACAUUGAAGCUUUGGACCCAGAAAAACUGAAUGUAUUCCGCACGGUUCGAGAGAUCACAGCUCUCUCUUCACGCUCCAUGAAGAAAGCUCCUGAACAUGUGGAUCGCAUCAUUAAUCCCAAAACCCUCCACCAGCACACAAACUAA